UGUUCGAGCAAGAGGUAUAGCAUGUUUGACGCCAUGUUUUGGUUCUCGAGAUGAAGGUAUUGCUGGAAUAUUGAGAGAAAUUGUCACACCACAGGUUACAGCUACUGGUCGACCAAAUCAACCAAGACUUAUAAAAACACCUGGGGCAACUAGAGGGCAAGACACUGUUACUAUAGCUGAUGAAACCUCACAGAGGUCAGAGGUCACAAUAGCUCAACAGACCAUAGAGGGUGCCAGCACUGUUGACAGAAGUGCAGAGGGUGGGACUAGACCUAAGGACACGCCCAUGCAUCAUGUGAAUCUCACACCCGGAGUCAACCUCAAUCUGACAAACAGUAAAGGUGUAUUCUCAAUGUUACGUAGUAGAUUGAAUGAUAGUAAACAGAAUGUUAGAAAGGCGGCAGUACAGGCUCUAGAGGCUGCAGUGAGAUUCGAAAUGCCUAACUUCACAAAAGAGAAUUUAGAAGCGCUAACAAAACACUAUAGGGAUCCAGUGCUGUCUGUAAGGAAGCAGGUGUUUCAAUCAUUGACAGAUUUACUGAUGGACAAUCCUAAAGAUACUAUACUGCAGAGUAAUUGGUUACUGGCAGCACUUCCACUCGUAAUGGACCGAGAAACAACAGUAUCAGAGAAAUGUAUGGAUACUUUAGAAGAAGUAUUAAUCAGAAACAUAGUGGCAUACCAAAGGUCAAAGUCUGACCGCCAUCAACUAGCGUGGGACCUACUUCAUAUAAUAGCACUGCCUGAAAAUGUUGAUAAAAGGAGAUAUCUACAGAAAGCAUGUAGACAUUGGUCAAGACAGGGUAAAAUCAAGUCUGCACUUAUGCAGGCUCUUAAAACUCACAUAGGAACAUGUAAUAAUGCUGCUGGAUGGAUGUUGCUAGCCGAGGUAGCUCCAGCAGCUCCUGAGAUAACUCAUGGUUUCCUUCUAGAGUAUUGGCAGAAUGAGGGAUCACAAGAGAAAUGUUAUGAGACUAUGAAUCGAGUAUUGACUGUAAUGAAGUAUGUUGCCAAACACAUGUCUACACAAGAGAGGGAUAUACUGAUUACAGACCUCAAUGACAGGCUGAUGAAGUUUGAGUCACCACCUGACCUUAUCUCAGUCUCUAUUAGCACUUUAUCAAAGCUAUGUACUGAGCAAGCGAAGGCGUUGAAAAAGCCGUCAUUGGAGACUGAGUGGUCGUGGCAACUACUAACAACUUGUGAUAAAUAUCUAUCUAGUGUUGUACUGGAAGGACAUGAUGGUGUUGUGAAUGAUGAGGACAAGGUUGUGAGUCAUCUGUUUACAUUAGGUGAGGUGGUGCAGCUGUUUCCAGGGAAGGUUCCUAAAAGAGUAAACUUGUUAGUACAGAGUAUGAUAGCUGCCCCUUGUAUAACCUCACCUCCAGCUAGCCAACCACACAUUCAUACUGAUCAGUCAAGUCAAGGAGAAGAAGACUCAAGAGAUUCCCAGGGUAGCUCACAGCAGGCGUCACAGCCACUUACACAAUUCAGGGGUUGUGUCAUGUCUAACAGAAUCAGAGCUUUUGCAUUUGUUACUCUAGGGAAGUUAUGUUUGCAAAAUGAAGAAUUGGCAAAGAAAUGUAUAGCUGCAUUAGCUAGGGAACUAGAGAUAUCUAAAGAUCCUGCUAUAAGAAACAAUGUUGUGAUUAUAAUGUCAGAUCUAUGUGUCAGGUACACAACUACUGCGAAUGCUUAUAUAUCAAACAUUGCAUCAUGUUUGAAGGAUCCGUCACAACUUGUUCGUAAGCAGACUCUAACAGUGAUAACUCGUCUGUUACAAGAAGAUUAUAUUAAAUGGAAAGGCGCUCUCUUCUAUAGAUUUAUAUCUACACUCCUAGACACGUGUGAUGAAAUUAAAGCUUUUGCGGAGUUUUGUCUUCUACAUAUGUUGAUACAGCGAAACCCAAACAUGUUCUUUCAACAUUUUGUGGAAUGUCUGUUCCAUUUUAAUGAUUACAAGAAGCACACAAUUUAUAACAAAUUUACACAGUCAAACAAGGAUCGUGAGAUGUUUUCAUGAAUGGAGAAAAGAAUAAAGAGUAAAAAGAGGAUGACUUUAUACAAGUUCCUACUUGAGAACAUGACCGAUAACCACAGGUUCCAGCUUAAAACUAAACUUACACAGGAGAUUCUGGGAGAGACAGUAGAUGAUAUUCUACCUAUAAAUGAUGAGACUAAGGAUGUUCUGAAAGAUGCUCUAGCUAUACUUAGCUGCAAGGAGAUAAAAUUAACCUCCCUGAGGAAGCUGACAAAUGAGAAAGUUGUCGGUGACAGUGAGGAAAUGGCUGAGGCUGUAGCAGCAACAGCUAAGAAGACAAUUAUGACCAAGGUUUUGAAAAAUGAUGUUGUAGAAAACAUAGUGCCUGUAGUGAUUUCUCUGAAACAUAAGUUAGAGGAGAAGAGAUCUCCACUACAGAAGGACUUGUUGUUAUAUCUACGGGAACUUAUGAAGGACUACAAGAAGGAAGUUAAAGAGGUACUGUCUGCAGAUAGAAGAUUAGCUACAGAGAUAGAGUUUGACUUAAGAAAGUUAUCAGAGGAGGAAGAACAAGGACAGAAUGAAAGAAAUACUCCGACUGUCUUACCAGCUUCCCCUACAGUAAGACCUGGUAUGAGUCCAAGGCCGGGAUUCCAGUCACCUCAACGUAAUGCAGGAGCUUCUCCUGGACCUCAUGUGUCACCAAGAACUCCAGCGUUGAAGUCUGCUAGUAGACUUACCCCUGCCAGACCAGUUGGAAGUCCCAAAACACCAGCUUUAAAGACUGCAGUGGCAUCACCUAGACCAAGUACCUCUAAAGGUACUCCACCUAUAGUACGAAUAGGACCAGACAGAAAUACACCUGCCAGACGCACACCACUUGCAACUAUAGCAGUGUUGAAUUCUAUGAGACAUACACCUAGUGCAGGUGAUGCUGUUGUUAAGAAUACACCAAUUAAACCUACAGAAGAAACAAAGGAUGCUGGUUCUCCUAAAUCGGGAAAAACUCCUAGUAAAAAUAUGCGCUCGCGACGGGCCAUUAGUACCCCGUCGGCUUACCAUAUUAAUAUAACAUUUGACGAGGAAGCAAAUAUGACGUUCUUGCCACCAUCUCCUAUAGCAGAGACCAGUUCUGAUCAUUUGUUGUUUGACUCUGAUGCUAGUAUGUAGGGUUGUACUGGGUUCAAGCAAUAUGUUACAUGUAUAUAAUUAUAUUUAUGUAUGUUAUAACAGUAUGGUACUGCAAUUUCUUCCCAGGCAAUAUAAUGUCACUUUAUUUUCCUUGACAGUAUGGUAUUGCAAUAUGUUUCAUACUAAAGGAUUAAGGUGAAUCUUUUGAAAUCUCACAGGCAAUAGUCAAUGUCAUUAGUGCAGAGCCAGACCAGUGUGCACAAGAAAUAAGACCAAACCAGACCCAACACAUACUUUGCUUCAUUAAUAGUUAUUAUACAGUUAUUGACUAGUGUGCCAUUGAAUAUGAUGUGAUAUUCACCGGCAGAUGACAUAUUGACCAAGACGAUA